AUGUGGGAUGUGUGUGGUCAAGAACGGGUCAGGCCGUUCUGGAGGCAUUACCAGCCCAACACAGACGGGCUGGUAUUCGUGGUGGACAGCGUGGAUUACGUUCGCUUUGAGGAGGCCAGGUCUGAGCUGGAAGCCCUGCUGGGUGACGAGCUUGUGGUGCUGCUGGCCAACAAGCAAGACUUGCCCGGAGCAUGGCCCCCCCCCCCGAAGGUGGCAGAAAAAAUGGGGCUGAGGAAACUGCAAGGCCACCAGUGGCAUGUGCAGGGCUGCUCUGCCCUGACCGGAGAAGGGAUCUCCGAGGCAAUGGGGAAGCUGGCCGAGAUGGUCAAGCUGCGUUGCAAAGCCCAGGGCACAUAA